UUUGCAGAUUCGUACUUUCUCAAGUGGCUUUUUGGAACUAGGUGAUAUUAUUAAAUAUACGCAUGAUGGAUAAAGCUCAGUCAAAUAAGCAAGCUUCCAAGAGUUCUAAAAGACGAAGCGCUGCGAUUGCUGUUGCAAUUCGGGAGACAAAUAAAAGACUACGACCUUCUAGUGAACCUAGAGAUACCAUGUCUACUCCAAUUACUGGUGAUCAAAACAUGACUUCGACAAGUGUAGAUGCUACAAAAAAGAAAAGAGGUCCAACUCAUUUGAAAAUGGUUGCUGAAAAUAACUAUCAGAAAAUGGAGCUUGAAUUCAAUGAAUUCGGGCAAGUAGUUGGCCAUAACUCUGAUAAAUUUGUCAGCAUAGCCGGAGCCAUAGUGCGGGAGUACGUGCCAGUUGUUAUUAAAAAUUGGCCUUCAGUGGAUGACAGUAAAAAAAUUGAACUUUGGAAUUUUAUACAGGAAAAAAGUUCUAAGUUCAGCAAAAUGAGAAAAAGAAAGAAUCCAAAUAUAACAGGAUUGAGAAUGACAGUAUGGACUUAUGUACAUCUUCGAAAGGAUGGGAAUCCAAUAAAUGAGGCGGUUGCUGAAACUUUGAUGAAGAUAAAAGAUUGUGCCGAGUCAAUUUCUGAUACACCAGUCGAAAAUUCUAUUCGAGAUGAUGCUGUUGCUUGA